AUGAAGCUCACCGCUUGGCCUCUCAUCGCGGUCCAUCCAGCCUUGGUCUUUCUACUCCAAUGACUCCGUAGUAGCGCAUGCCCUUUCCUCUUCACAAGACUCUCUAUCCCGCUUCCUUCCUCGUUCACCUAAUACCAUCCUAACCAACGACAAUGACGAAAGCUUGGAAAGAGCACAGGGACGUUAUCGCGAGGCUCUACAUCAAAGAGAAUCGUACCCUGGAUGAGGUCCGAGAGAUUAUGCAGCAGAAAUACAACUUCAAGGCUUCGACAAGAUCGUACCGCCAGCACUUUGACCAGUGGGACCUGUCAAAGUACAACUGUAAGAAGCGUACCGCCCGCCGUCAGAGCCGCGACUAUCAGCAGUACCCCGAGCAGCAGCAGUACACCCCUUCCGCUGCCUCCGCCGCCUCCGCCGUGGUCAUCGUCCAGGAGAAUUAUCCAAUGAGUCCGCAAAGCUAUGGCAGCAGUAGCGGCAGCAUGAGCCCUGAGUCUGAGAUGGACAACGGCGGCGGUAGGAUCGACGACGUGGAUGUUGCCCAGUCGUAUGGGAGCCAUCAGUACACGUACGCAGGCCAGAGCCAGAACCAGAAUCAAAGUCAAAGCCAGCCGGUCUUGCAUCAACAGUACACCCAUCAGCAGCAGCAUCACCAUCAACACCAGCAACAGCUAGAACACCAUCACCGGCAGCGUCAGUCCUGGGACACUCAGGUGCCGCGGAGCAUGGCCUCGCCGUGGGACCAGGCUGCCCUUCCCAGCCCUCCCGCGGAUCUGGGGGGAGACUCGUUCUUCCAGAUGUCUGGGGCGGCGGAGGCUUUAUCUGUGCAGGGGCAUCAUCCUCCGCAGGCUUAUUCUGCCGUGGUUCAUCCCGAGCAGUAUCGCCAGCCACAGCAGCAGCACUACCAUCGGCAGCAGCAGGGUGCGGAUCCUCGGAUGAUGCCAAAUCGGCUUCUGGCUCCGGCUCCGCAACGUCCGGUGAGACCGGAGCGACGGGAGUCUGUUCCGUAUCACAAUGCUUUACACUGCGGAUUCCAUCGCUCAGGGCUGUAGGAGUAGGAGAAACGCUGCCCCGGCCUUGGCCUUUUCCUUGUCCUCCCCCCCUCUCCUUUGGUACCCCCUCUCUCUUGGCUUAUAUUUCCUAGGGCUUGGAUCACUUGGAAUGGUUUUGUAAUGUUUCUUUGUAAUGCUUCUUUUCCUAUCUGUAAGAGAAAACGAAAAAAGAUGGGAUCUUGGCGGUUUGGCUUGUUUGGCUUUUGAAAUUUGGGCGGUGGCACACAUAACAUUACACUGUCCUUCAAUCUCUCGAACACAAAAGAAGACUGGGCGCGCUGAAGGAAGGGAGCGAGGGAGGUUUCUGAAAGCUGGUCUUUGAUGGAAAUAGGGAUCGAAUUUUGCAGUCUGAAUGGAUC